AUGACACUUCUCUUUCUCUUGUUUUCUUUUACUCUCUCCUAUGAAUUCUGGCAGAUCACAGACAUCCACUACGACGAGAAUUACAAAGCGGGGUCAGACCCGUCGACUGUUUGUCGUGAAGGUACUGGGAAUGCUCGUCCGAUAGGCGAUUACUCUUGCGACACGACGGAUAAAGUGUUAGCGCCACUUCCGCGGUUUGUCCAGUUAAUGUCUCGAGAAAAGGUUUUGAUCUACGGUGGGGACAUCUUACCAAGAAAGCUUGGGGAAUAUGACAUGGACUAUUUAAAGCACGGGCUCGACCAAGCGACAGCCUUUCUGAACAAAUUUGGCAAUUGGGCGAUCGUCCCGAUGUUAGGAAAUCACGACGCGAUCCCAGAGAAUUGCCAAUCGGCAGACACAACUGAGUUAUUCACAUAUGGAGCGCAGGCGUAUGCAAAGUGGUUACCUGACAGUGCAAAGACUACAUUUAAAAAGGGAGGGUAUUACACAAAGCAACUCGGCAAUUUAGAUGAAGAGGUGUACGUCGUCGUGUUGAACACAGUGUUAUACUACACAUUCAAUUCAUACACUGCUCAAGACACAGACCCAACUGGACAGUUUGAAUGGUUUGAGAAAACUAUGAAUGACUACAGAGAACAAAAUAAGACUGUUUUGUUGGCCGCACAUAUCUGCCCAGGAGUGUCCGAGAGGUACAACUGGAGUCAACAAAUGUAUGACCAAUACGACGACAGAAUCAUCGAUUUGAUCGCAGAGUACUCCGACAUCACCAUUGGAAUGAUAUGCGGCCAUUUACACUUAGACACAUAUCGAGUCAUGCAGAACAAAAACAAGGACAAAACCGUCAUCGGCUAUUUGUCCCCAUCCCUCGACACCUAUCUUGGCAUCAACCCCUCCGUCAGAAAAUACCAAGUCGAAGGCAGAAAGAUCAAAAAUUGGGUCAAUUACUACGUCGACUUGAAUCAGACAGACGUCGAGUGGAAGUUCAAUUAUAACGCUGCUGAAGAGUAUGACUUGGAAGACACCUCUGCGGAGAGUAUGAUCCUCCUUGCUGAGAAGAUGAAGAAAGACAGAAGUGUUCAUGACACGUGGUUCGAGCAUAUGAGAGCGGACUCACAUAUGUAUCAGUGCGACGACAAUUGCUGGAACAACAACCUCUGUGCUAUUCAGAAGCCACGAAACAGUGAAAUUGAGUGCUACAAAUUUUAA